GACGGCAAAGAGCACAACCACUGCUCACACGAGCAUCUAUUCCUAAACUCGAGGAUUCUUGUCUAUCGAGCAACAGCAGCUGCAAUGGCGAACAGCUUCAUACAGUACCUGCGAGGUGAUCACAAUGCGCCUGGUGAGCGCAAGUUGGUUCAGAAGCUCGACUUCUUUAUCCUUACUUUCUGCUGCCUCAUGUACUUUUUAAACUACCUCGAUCGAACGAAUCUGAACAACGCGUAUGUCUCCGGCAUGAGAGAAGAGCUACACUUCAAAGGAAAUCAGCUCAAUCAGAUCAAUACCGUCUUUACCGUUGGCUACACGGUUGCUCAAGUCCCUUGCAACAUAGCUCUAUACUACAUCAAGCCGAGAUACUUCUUUCCGGCAUGCAUGGUGGUCUGGGCUGGCUUGACAAUGGUGACAGCUGCGGCCCAAAAGCCUCAAGAUAUCAUGGCGAUUCGCUUCUUCCAGGCCAUGUUCGAAGCAUCGACCUUCGUUGGAACUCAUUACAUCCUAGGCUCGUGGUACACUGAGAAGGAGCUCGGUAAGCGCUCGGGUAUCUUCACAGCAUCUGGACUUGCCGGCACCAUGAUCGGUGGCUUCAUCCAGACUGGCAUCCACUCUAGUAUGGACGGAUUGAACGGUUUAUCUGGAUGGAGGUGGCUAUUCGUGAUUGACGGCAUCAUCACAUUGCCCGUCGCACUCUAUGGCUUUCUACUGUUCCCGGAUACUCCAAGGAACACGAAAGCUCCGUAUCUCAGCGCAGAAGAGAAAGCUCUUGCGAUUUCGCGUGUUCCAGAGGUCUCAGAGCGUACACCUAUCUCCUGGAGUUUCUUGAAGCAUUGCUUCUCGAACUGGUACUGGUACUUCUUUGUCAUUCUCUGGAUUCUGGCUGGAGAAACCGAGUCGUUCAGUACUAAUGCGCUUUUGGCUUUGUACAUGAAAUCGCACCCAAACAACAAGUACACUGUGUCGCAACUAAAUAACUACCCGACUGGUGUUCCUGCAGUCGGUAUUGUAUCGACCCUGUUUUGGGCAACACUUACCGAUUUCAUGGGCGGCAAGCGCUACCUUGUCGGCUACUGGAUUGGCCUGACUGGUGUCAUCACAAGUGCACUCAUCCUAGCGUAUCCCAAGAACACCACCAUACAUUUUGCGAUGUACUACUGGGCAGGUAGCGUUUAUGCGUGUCAAGCGACAUUCUUUGCAUGGGCAAACGAUGUGCUUCGCUAUGAAGAAGACAGCUUACGUGCUGUUGUCAUCGCAUCUAUGAACAUGGGUAGUAAUGCUAUCAACGCGUGGUGGUCGAUCGUCUUCUAUGGUGCAAACUUCGCACCUUACUUCACACGAGGAAUGUGGGCGAUGAUUGCCGUUUCAAUAGCAAUGGCUAUCUGGACGGCGCUACUUGUAUGGCAGCAGGUCCGUACCGAGAAGAGAAGGGAAAGGGAGACCAUCUCAACAACACUUGCGACUAAGGAGCAGGAUCUGGACCAAAAUCAUCACCUCGGUCACACCGUUGAUGAGAAGGUUUAG